AUGUCCUAUCCAACUCUCCAUCCCCUUGACAAUCCUCGCGCAAUCUCCCCUCGCCGGCGCUACCAAUCUCCAGCAGGCCCACAACCGUACCAACACCCGUCCGCACUCGCUCCGCCAGUGCCCGCGUCGACCCCCCGACCAGGCAGCUCGCGCGUCCCGCCCUCCAAUCGCUCCCCAUCCCCACCUCCUCGAGUCUCCACCCCCUCGAGCCCGUCCUCGAGCUCGGGCUCGGGCUCGGACUCGACCGCGACCCUCGUCGCCCCGCGCGCCUGGCACGGCACGAUCCCGCUCGCCGACGUCCUCCUCCCCGCGCACCUCCAGCUCACGCCCGACGGGCGCAACUGGCCCGCGUUCCGGCGCGCCGUGCGUGCGCACUGCGCGCUCCGCCGCGUCGCGCACCACCUCGCCCGCCCGCGCCCGCCCCCCUAUCGUCCAAUCGACGGUCCCGGUCCCGGUCCCGGUCAGAAUCAAAGUCAAAGUCAAAACCAAAAUCAAAGUCGAGGCGAAGGACGAGAGGGGGGCAGGGUCGGGGGGUCCUGCCUGCCGCGGCCGAGCGAGAAGGCGGCGUGGCUGGAGGCGGACGGGAUCGCGCGCGCGAUCGUGCUGUACAACGUGAGGAGGUGGCCGUGCAGCGCGCAGUGCGCGUGCGAGUUCGCGUGGGAGGUGUGGGCGUGUCUGGAGCGGGCGUACGCGGUGCGAGGGUGCGAGGUCCAGACGGGCGCGGAGGCGGGGCUGGCGCCGCUGUCGCGCGCCGACCGCGACUACGGGCGGACGCGUACGAACGGCGCGAAAGGCAGCGGCUGGUGGCUGUUCUGGGCGGUGGUGUAUGCAGUGACGAUGUUUUGUGUGUUUCGGCAGAGUGCGCCGGCAAGUAGACACCAGUGCCCGGAGUAUGCGCCGUUUACGUGA